AUGCGGAAAUCACAACUCUUGGUCCCUAUCAUGGCCACUCCAAAUGGAACACUGGUCCACCCAGCCCAUUUCCUGCUGGUGGGUAUCCCUGGUCUGGGGCCUAACAUACACUUUUGGUUGGCUUUCCCACUGUGUUUUAUGUAUGCCUUGGCCACUCUGGGAAACCUGGCCAUCGUUCUCAUCAUUCGUGUGGAGAGGCGUCUGCAUGAGCCCAUGUAUCUCUUCCUGGCCAUGCUUUCCACCAUUGACCUCGUCCUCUCCUCGGUCACCAUGCCCAAGGUGGUCAGCCUUUUCCUAAUGGGCAUCCGGGAGAUUGAGUUCAAUGCUUGUCUGGCCCAGAUGUUCCUUAUCCAUGCUUUGUCAGCCAUGGAGUCGGCUGUCCUAUUGGCUAUGGCUUUUGACCGCUUUGUGGCCAUAUGCCACCCACUACGCCAUGCUUCUGUGCUCACGGGGCCUGUUGUAGUCAAGAUUGGACUGGCUGCCUUGAUCAGAGGAUUUGUGUUCUUCUUCCCACUGCCCUUCCUCCUGAAGCGGCUGUCAUACUGCCGAACACAUACUGUCACACACUCCUUCUGUCUGCACCAAGAUAUUAUGAAGCUGUCCUGUACUGACACCAUAGUCAAUGUGGUUUAUGGACUCUUUAUCAUCCUUUCAGUAAUGGGUGUGGACUCCCUCUUCAUUGGAUUCUCCUAUAUCCUCAUCUUGCGGGCUGUGUUGGAGCUCUCCUCUCGAGGGGAAGCACUUAAAGCCUUCAAUACCUGCAUCUCCCAUCUCUGUGCUGUCCUGGUCUUCUAUGUGCCACUCAUUGGGCUCUCAGUUGUACACAGGCUGGGUGGUCCCACUUCCUUGCUCCAUGUGCUCAUGGCUGAUAUCUAUCUACUGCUGCCACCUGUAGUCAACCCCAUUGUCUAUGGAGCCAAGACCAAGGAGAUCCGCUCAAGAGUCAUCCAUAUAUUCUCACGGGGUGACAGGUGA